GAAUAGUCAUUCUUUUCGUAACACACGCAGUAUUUGGAAGCCUUGUUGUAAACUUAAAUCUUUUCAAAUUCCCUUCAUAAUAGUGGUUGAUGUAGGGUCCAAACUCUCGAUAUUAAUUGUUGUCUUUUAUUGUUGAACCUGGUUAAACUAUUUUAGCUUUCACACCAGUUAUCAAGUUGUAUGAAGUGUGUUUUUCCCUUAAGUUACUUUGUCGAACGUGACGGCCAUUCAAGAAGUUUGAGUCUGUCAUCCAAUUAACAGUGUUACAAAUCUAGUGAUAUCACCAACACUUGCAAAUUGAGUCAUGAAGUCCUGUCAAAAAUGAAGCUUGCAGUAUUAAGUCUUCCAAAAGAAUCGUGUAUGGUUGUCUUAAGAUCGUGCUGAAACAAGAACAACACUGAGUGAUAGAGAGGAAGGACCAUGGCAGCCGGUGCCAACAAUGCGGAAGCUGAACGGGCAUUCAGUCGGGCCCAGCUAAAGUUGAAUCUCAAUCUUCCGUCCAUCGACACUCCUCGCAGUCUGAGCGACCUCCAGUCCAUCGCUCACGAGAUCCAGCGUCAAAAGAAUGAAGUGCUUUGUCAUCUGAAACAUGAGGAUAAAGAUCGUCACAGUUACUUCACACAGUUGGAACACUUGGCCCGGCAAAUGAGGGAACUGCCUUUGCCAACCGACUCGCCAACACUAGAAUACGAACUGGAGCGGACACGGCUAGAGUUGGAAACACAACGGAUGCAGGAUCGGAUGCUUAAAACUUUGGGUCCGACCAGUGAAGUAGUUCGCCGUCGGGAAGAGCGUAUACUUCAUCUCCGAAAGUUGGAUCAGAAAUUGGCCGAAAUCAACACAUUGAUUGUCAAUCACGUUGGGAAAAGUGAAGCGGCUGCCAGUGAUCUCUGCCAUACCACAUCGACGUCUCCGGCCUUGCCUGGGGAUUGGACAAAUGACAAGGACAUUUGGCUCAGCGGUUCCAGUCUUGAUCUUCACCACGAAGACAAGAAUGGACAUUCGGAUACGGCCAGCGUCAUGAGUUUCACUUCGAGUAUCCACUCGAGUCACGGUAUCUCGGGUAGCGGCGGCAGUGGUGGUUUGUUAUCAGACAGGGCGCAGAAACCUUCGAUGGGUCCAAAAGUAGAAGUAGUCUACAACUUGUUAACAAUGCUCUUCUCCCACGAUCGCCACAACGUCAGCCAGAAGCUGCUUCACAUGUCAGCCAACCCCGAAACGAGGAGUACCCUUCAUCAAGUUGGCUGUAUUCCGUUGCUGGUUCAGUUGAUUUAUAACCAAGACGGCGGAGGCGAAGCUGCCAACCAGGAUCGAACCAAUUUAGCGAAUGCCACCGCCAGCAGCUGGAUGCUGACGGAAGCAGACAAAGAGACGAGGGCCAGUGCGGCCCAGGCCCUUCAUAACUUGGUGUACAACAGCUGCGACGAUCGUAAAGUCAAGAGGGAGAUCAGAAUUCUCAAACUGCUCGAACUCAUUCGUUCCUACGCCGAUCGUCUCAGAGAUGCCAUUUUGCAUCAACUGCAUCACCACGACCAGGAAAUUGAUAAUCGCCUUCCUUUGCUCCUGGAUGAUGACAUGGAUAGCCACCCGUGCGCUGUGGUGACCAACUUGAUGAAACUGUCGUUUGAUGAUGACCACCGCCAAGCCAUGAGCCAUUUAGGAGCUCUUCAGGGUCUGUCAGAGUUACUACACCUGGAUCAAUUGGCCCACGGGUCGCUGUGUGAUGAUGCACAGUGUACCACGUUGCGCCGCUACGCCAGCAUGACACUGACCAAUCUCACCUUUGGUCACGGACCCAACAAGACCCUACUUUGCUCUACGCGGCCGCUCUUGGCCGUCCUUUCUCACCAGUUAGCUUCGCCUAACGACGAUUUGAGACAAGUGACGGCCAGCGUGCUGCGUAAUCUUUCGUGGCGGGCAGACAGUGCCAGCAAGGAUGCGUUACAGCAGACGAAUGUUGUUCAGUCGUUGAUUACCAUGUCGAUGGAGACGCAUCGAGAAUCGACUCUCAAGUCGAUGCUGUCGGCCCUGUGGAACUUGUCGUCGCAUUCCAGCUGCAACAAGGCCACCAUUUGCGCCACUCCAGGAUCUUUGGAAUUUCUCGUCCGCACGUUGACUUAUAAAUCAGAGUCGAAGACGUUGUCCAUAGUUGAAUCCGGCGGCGGCAUCGUGAGGAACAUCUCCAGUCACAUUGCAACUCGCGACGACUACCGAGCCACUCUGCGACGGCACGGAUGUUUCCAGAUUCUGCUGCAUCACCUGCGCUCGCCCAGCUUGACGGUGGUGAGCAACGCCUGCGGAACGCUCUGGAACUUGUCGGCCCGCUGCAAGGAAGAUCAGUCGACGCUGCGCGAUCUCGGCGCAAUUCCCAUGUUGCGCAAUCUUGUUCAUUCGAGGCACAAGAUGAUCGCGACGGCUUCAUCGGCUGCUCUCAAAAAUCUGGAAUCGGGCGGAUUCGGGAGUAGUAACGGUUCACUGACUAACAGCGGCAACGCAUCGAGUCACAACACUUCCCUGCAAGCCCGGAAGCAAAAAGCUCUGGAACAGGAGAUCGAUCAGACGCUGACGGAAAUGUGUGACAAUAUUGAUCCUCUCAGCCCACUGGAAGAACCGGCUGGAGUAAGCCCCUUCGACAGGCGGAUGUAUCGCUCCCUGGGCGGCCACAACACUACCAGUCUAUAUGGCAGGGCAUCCACAGCACCGACUCUGGUGCCAAAAAGCGGAUCGACGCCCAUCCGGCCAAUCCGUUCUUCAAGUUUAGAACGCAAGAACGCCGCCGUCGAUGCCAUUGCCAAUGCUUCCGGUGGGAGUGGUGGCGUAGGCUGCCCAAGAACAAUGACUCCAUCAGUUUCAUCAGCGGCAGCUGCCGGCCCUUCAGCUGCCAUGGGAUCUCGUUUGCAAGCGACUCGAACGGUUUGGCACUCUCACGAGAACGAGAUCAGCUAUACAUCACUUAACUACGAGGAAGAUGACCAACCAGUCAACUAUAGCCUCAAGUACACAGAAGAAGUGGUUUCCGUCCCCGUGGCUACUCACUGGACGCCAUCUAGGCCGACCAAACCUCCGGUGGAUGGGGACAAUAAUACUGAAGGAUCGGAUCCGAUUCUUCAGAGUGGAGAUCAGAUGAAUCCUAGCACGGUCAAGAAAGCCAUGGUGUUGUCGGCUUACCGAGAAACCGACCUGGACGAACCGGAACGUCCCACCGAUUUCAGUUUGCGAUAUCCGGAUGAAGAUGAAGAUUACGCUGCCGAUAGUGACACGAUGCAAACUUAUUGCAUGGAGGGCACCCCCUACGAAACGCCCUUCACCCGGUCAAGCGCUGCCUCACUCAGUGAUCUCCGUGAAGCCGGGCUGGAAAGUCCGAAAAUGGAGCCAGACGACACGGUUGAGAAAGUCGACGGACUCGAAGCUAAACCCAAUUGCGAAGAAGACGCCGACGAGGAAGAAGAAGCGGAAGGCGACAAAGAAGUUGAAGGGAAGACGCCGCCUAUGCCUCGCCGCUUGCAGCCGGCCAACAAAGAAAGCAAGACGGUGACUUUCAACACGACAGCCGACUGUGAAAUCAACUACUCUGAACAGCAGACGCCGCUCAUGUUCUCUCGCUCCAGUUCCCUGGAAUCGCUCGACAGUUUAGAUCAACAGCAAAACUGUCACGACGAGGGAUCGGUCGUUAGCGAGUUUAGUCGAUUGACUAGUCGAGCCGUCUCGCCCAGUGAACUGCCUGAUUCGCCUGGGCAAACCAUGCCUUCAAGCCCCCGUCGGCCGCAGGCUCAUCAUCCGCAGUCUCAGCAGGAUCAACAACAACAACAGCAACACCAACACCAGAUGCAGCACCAACAACAUCAGAUGCAGCAGCAACAACAACAACAGUUGCCGAAACCCCUGCAACGCGUCCAGCAUGCCGAAGGUGUCUUUGAAGACACCACCAACAAUUUCGGAAUGGAAGGCACUCCAGCUUUCACCCGAGCUGCUAGUCCACUUAGUCAGCUGUCGUUCGAUGACGAACCUUCGUCACCGACGAAUCCUACACCCCCACCACCUCCUCCUCCUCCAGUUGUAAUCGCUAGUCGACCUCCGAUGCCUGCCCCGUCUUCCGUGCCGGCCAGCGCUUCUUCAGCUAGUAGCCAGCUUGUUAAUCCUACGUUCAACCGAGUCAUUCGUUCCGCGUCGGAGGUCAAUUUUCGCAGCACUUUUGAUUACGACGAGCCUCGCCGUUUCAACGAAGAAGACAGCCCGGCUCUGACGCGAUGGACCAGUUUAAGUUCGUUGCAUAUUGAUGGCGAAGUCAUUAGCACAGCCAAAUUACUGCCACCCAGUCACGGAGUUGGCAAUCUGGAUUCAGCCCACUUGACGGAAAGAAAACUGGAGCAGACUGUCAAAGUGGAGGUGGUGUCGAUGGCCGUGGCUUCCGAUCCUGUACCGAUCGAGUCGAACGAGUGGAGCGAAGAGAGCGGCAGCGAAGAUGAUUUACUCCUGGAAAUCAUCACGCAAGGAAAGCCAACGAGUCGACAACCUGCACCGCAACCGGCGAAAUCCUGUAAACCCGCCACCACGGAAACAGUUGCUCCGCCCGUCUUUCGCCCACAUGUUCCCAAAUCGGCUAGCGUUCAAGAGUUCUCCCAGCCGGCGGCCCGAUCAUCCAGCAUCCCACCCAGUCACAGUAUUGAUUCCUGCCUGUCCAAAGGCAACGUCCGUGACAUUGUAAGUGAUGUCGAAGAUGACGACGACGAUGACGACGACGAAAUGCUCUACGCCUGUAUCAGGUCGGCCAAACCAACGGCCAAACCUGUACCUCCGCCUCGAACUUCGAGCAUUUCCUCCAAGUCUACCUCAUCAGCUCCUCCUCCGCCGCCAUCCAACGGAGUGCAGAAGAGUCGCUCUUCUCGCCCACCCAUGGAACUUCCAAAAUCGGCUUCUUCCGCCUCCUCCAAAGAAAGAGUACCACCCCUUCAUGGGCCGUUUACCAACGUCCGGCAAAUGGCGACGCGCGUCAAGAGCUCGUCCGAAGUGGCCCGGACGAGCGGUCGACGUUCUCGUCAUUCGAGUCAAGGCUCGAGCCGAAUGGGAGCCAGCGGAUGCAGCAAUAACACGAGCGUGGACCUGGACUACCGUUAUUCUUACAAAGUGGAGGACACGCCAGUCACUUUCUCUCGCAAUAGCUCCCUGAGCUCACUGAGUGUGAAUUCGAAUGAGGAUGAGCCAUCGGCGGAAGACCAAGCUUUGCUGGACAGUUGCAUCAGCUGGGGAAUGCCGAAAUCCAAGAGCGACUACCUCGAUGGCCGCUCGGACCAAACCAAGAAAACCAAAGCGACCAAAAGUUCUGGAGCCAAAAUUCCCACCAGUCAGAGCUGGAGCGGUGGAGUAAGACGAGCUGGCGACGGCCAAGCAAGUGCUUCUCCAUCGACUGUGACAGUCACAACCAGCAGCUCGUUUUCCGCUUUCUCUGCUUCAGCUUCCAACUAUACCGGCCACGCAAUCGAUCCGUCAGACGUUGUGGUCAAAUUAGAAGAAUCGGACCCGAACGGCCCUCCAUCCAUGACGCAUUCGUCACUCAUUCGCAUGGAAGCCAACCAGGUAGCUGCUCAGAUUCAGAGCCAAGACUCGCUGGAUGGAUCGUCCCAGUGCAACGAUCUCGAGCACUUCCCGUCUUUAACAUCCAGCUUCAUCGACGGAGCCGCAAGCUGGACGGACUCGACUAGAAAGUCGCCUUCGCUGACCAGAAAAACCCAACAAUCGAGUCAGACGGAGAGCAAUCGAGGGCGAACACCAGUCAACGGAGCUAAUCCAUUACUGAAGCAAGCUCUCUCUUCCGGCUUGGUGAUUGCUACCGAGCAGUCCAAUAUGACCACCUCGACUUCCUUCCGCAUCGAGAACACAAAACCUCCGGCUGACUUGAUGGUCUCCAAGGUGACGGAUUCUUUCGCCAGUUUGACCUGCAGCGUCCUGGAUCCUUCCUACUUUGACGACGAGCAGCGCCGCGAAGGACUGCUGACUCAGCUGGCCAUCAUGGAACACACGGUCGACGAGAACGCCAACACGGACAGCAGCGUGUCAUCGUCGCCGACCGGAGAGAGACGGAAGCUUACGCCGCGCGACCGGCGCCAGGCCGAAAAGGAACGCUACCAGACUUACACCCUCAACGCCAAUCCGGUGGAGGAGAGCGUGGGAAACGGAUUCCAUCCGGACAACUCGACUCUGAAUAACUGCGACGAGGUCAAGAAAACGGCCAAACAGCGCAGAUCCUUGGAAAGGGAGCGUUUCAUGACGCAAACCAUUUCCUCGUCCAACACGACCGGAUCGGAUGGAGAAACGUCGACAGGGAAAAUCGAAACGACGGAAUCCGCAAACCAGAAGAGUAUGAGUGCCUCUGAAUUGUCCGCCUUAGAGAUGGAUGCCAAAGCUGUCAUUCGCACCUUGAAAGAGGAGGUGAAAUUGAACCGGCAGAAGAGCAAUUCAUCCGAAUUGAUUAGUGAAGAUUGUAUGCUGGAUUGCGAAACGCUUAGUCUGGUAUCCAACGAGUCGGAAUCGGAAAGAUCCCUGAGCCAUCGAGCCAAGCAAAUGGCGUUGCAUCAAGAUGGAUUAGAAAACAACGAAAUGGGAGAAAUGCGGACCAAGACUAAAAUCGUUCGACCCGAUGAUCAGAAAUUCCUGGAAGAUCCCAAUACUGUCAAAGGAAUUCGUGGUCGUCGUCGGGUUUUGUGUCCCGUUCGCGUUGCUCCUGUUAACGGACCUAACCGCCCAGUCGUGAACUCAUCUCCACCUCAGCAACAACAACAACAACAACAAGUUCAUACAGCAAUGACACCUUCACCGGCUAAAAUGAAUGGAACCAAGACCACACCAGUUUCGCGAGCAACUCAGUCUCGAGGUCGAAGCGCCAGCCCUGCUAGUCCGAGCCCUGUCCGUCCUAACCGAACGUCAGCUUUACGCCAAAACACGACCCAGUCACAGAAAUCCAAAUACCCUUCAGUUCCCGUUCUCGAAUCCCAAGUCCGACUGCGAUCCAACAGCAAAAGUCCACGAGUCAGCAGCGCUCCGUGCAGUCCUCGGCAGCUUCCGGUGGCAGAGCAGGACACUCAACCACUUAAGAGACGCUCGCUGGAAAUGGCCUCUAGGUCUUCGGUAGCUUCGCUCAAGUCAAGCCCGCCGAAAUCGGAGAGUGUCCCCGUCAUUGAUUCUCAGCAUCCGCCAUUGGCGGUUCUCGGCAAGCAAGGGACGUUCACCAAGGAGAAGUCUUCAUCUCCUGAAGGUGCAGCUGCUAAGGAAGAAGAGCAAUCGGUCAAAAUCCCUCCCAAAGUUCCGCCCAAACCGAAAGUCGCCCCGGCAGCUAAACCGGCUCUACCUAAAAAACCCAGUCGUUUCAACAAUGGGCCGAGCCCUCUCUCGUCCCCCCGAUCGAAAGGCAGCCCGGCAUUAAGCCGACGUUCGGUCAGCAGCGCUAGCAUCGGUUCGGAUUCGACGUCGGUGACGACAACGUGGAGCGGAGUGGACGAGCAGACGUCGUCGUCAACCCCGCCGCAGAAGCGUACGCCGCCGAAAAAGGUGGUGACGAGUAAAAUCGCCAGCUUGUGGAAGCAAGUUGAAGAGAGCCGUAGCAAACAGAAAUCGGAUCAGCCGGACGUCAGAAAGUGGAUCAGCCGAGGAGACAAUGCCAAACCGAGUACAGAAGAUAAAUCCGUCGGUACGGGUUGCAGUCCCGAUCAAACGCCAAGACCCAUCGUGUCAAGUGGAACAUUCGAGAAAUUGAGUUCCUUCUCCAAUACUCAGCAGGUGCCCGUCAUCUCCCCGGCCACCGUCAAUAGCCCGUCUAGUGAUAAACGAUCCCCACCGAGUCGGCUACCUUUCCGGCUUCCGCGUUUCGGGCGUUCCAGCAGCCAGUCGAGUACGCCGACUACCCCUACUCUUCCUACUCCUCCAUCACCAAGCUUUGAUGUCUCAAAUUCCUCUUCUAGUGCCGAAACGGAAGACAAAAGGAAAUUCCGGGUCACUGCUCUUUAAAGCUUCCAGUAUAAUGGAUAAUCACAUAAAUAAUCACUAUCCCUCCCAACCUCCCACAAUACUCCCAUGUCUUCAGCUUCAGCCGUUUUACUUAAUUAUCCUGUUUCUUUUUCAUUUAUUUCUCUCUUGUCGUCUCGAUUCAAUACAAAAUGUAAGAACUAA